UGAAUUAUACAGUUCGAGAACGACAGAAAAGGCGAAUAAACACGCCGGGCAGGGGAGAGGAGCCAUGUCUCUGCUUUGUGUUGGAGUUAAGAAAGCAAAGCUUGAUGGACCACAAGAAAGAUAUAAUACCUAUGUGACUUUAAAAGUUCAAAAUGUGAAGAGUACGACCAUAGCAGUACGAGGGAAUCAACCAUGCUGGGAGCAAGAUUUUAUGUUUGAAAUCAACCGUUUAGACCUAGGCUUGACUGUUGAAGUGUGGAAUAAAGGAUUGAUCUGGGACACAAUGGUUGGCACAGUGUGGAUCCCUUUAAGGAGUAUACGGCAAUCAAAUGAGGAGGGACCUGGUGAAUGGCUGACUCUUGAUUCAGAGGUCAUAAUGACAGAUAAUGAAAUUUGUGGAACAAAAGACCCAACAUUUCACAGGAUUUUGUUGGACACUCGAUUUGAAUUACCACUUGAUAUCCCAGAAGAAGAAGCACGGUACUGGGCCAAAAAAUUGGAACAGCUGAAUGCAAUGAGAGAUCACGAUGAUUAUACAUUCCAAGAGGAGGAGGAGAGGCCUUUACCUGUCCCUGGCUCCCAGUGUUGCAACUGGAGCUAUUUCGGCUGGGGAGACCAUCAAAACAAUGAAGAUCCUGACAGUGCAGUGGAUGACAGAGACAGCGACUAUCGAAGCGAAACUAGCAACAGCAUCCCACCUCCAUAUUAUACAACAUCUCAGCCGAAUGCAUCAGUCCAUCAGUAUUCCAUUUCUUCACGGCAUCAACAGAAUGGAUCACGGGAUUCUUGCACUGAUUCUAUACACAGUUAUGAGCUAGAUUAUUCAGACCAUCAGAGGCCAAUAAGACGCUAUGAUAGCAUAGAUUCUGCCACAAAUGGACGCAGUGACCUAGAGACUGCGUCAGACUCUAGCAGGCUAACCAGUCGUCAGUAUUCCCUUGAAAGUAGGCAGUCUCUAGAUCUGUCGGAUAGUCCAACAGGUAGCAGCAGAUAUGCUUCAUCAGCAGAGCUGAGCCAGGGUAGUUCCCAGCUUAGUGAGGACUUUGAUCAAGAUAACGAGAGUCUGCAAGGCUCCGAUUUAGAUGAUGAACGUGAUGGUGAUUCUUAUCACUCUUGCCACAGCUCAGUGAGCUGUCAGAAAGAAGCUCUAGACUGGGACAAAGAAGAUAAUGAACCACUGGAGAUUUAUAGCGAAACUGAAGAGUUCCAGAAGGAAGUAGAAGUUAAUGAGGAAAAACCAACAGAGGAAGAAAUUGUUGCUCCAGAGGAAGCUGAACCUGAAACUGAGAUACCACCAGAGCAACCUGAAGUCAAACCACUAGAAAUCUACAGAAAUGAGGAGGAAGGGCAUUCUAGUAUGUCCAGGGCUAAAGCCAAUUGGCUCAGAGCUUUUAACAAAGUCCGUAUGCAGCUACAAGAGGCACAGCUUGGGGAAGGGGUUGGUGAUCUGCCAAAGCCUCUAUGGUUUAAAGGAGGGCCUGGCGGUGGGCUUUACAGUAUUGACAGCAUGCCAGAUCUUCGAAAGAAAAAACCCAAAAAUCUUGUUAGUGAUUUGUCAUUGGUGCAGUCAAGAAAAGCUGGCAUCACUUCUGCAUUGGCAACUCGUACUCUUAAUGAUGAAGAACUGAAAAACCAUGUUUACAAGAAGACCUUGCAAGCCUUAAUCUACCCAAUCUCUUGCACAACGCCACACAAUUUUGAAGUGUGGACAGCAACCACUCCCACCUAUUGUUACGAAUGUGAAGGCUUGUUGUGGGGGAUUGCUCGCCAGGGAAUGCGUUGCACUGAAUGCGGGGUCAAAUGUCACGAAAAGUGUCAGGAUCUUCUGAAUGCCGAUUGUUUACAGCGUGCUGCUGAAAAGAGUUCUAAACAUGGAGCUGAAGAUCGGACACAAAAUAUUAUUAUGGUUCUAAAGGACCGAAUGAAAAUAAGAGAGAGAAAUAAGCCAGAAAUCUUUGAACUUAUCCAAGAGGUGUUUGCACUUGCUAAAUCAGUACAUGUGCAGCAGAUGAAGGCAGUGAAACAAAGUGUACUGGAUGGUACAUCAAAAUGGUCAGCAAAAAUCAGCAUCACUGUGGUGUGUGCCCAAGGUUUGCAAGCCAAGGAUAAAACUGGUUCCAGCGAUCCUUAUGUUACAGUUCAAGUUGGGAAGACUAAAAAACGUACCAAGACUAUCUAUGGGAACCUUAAUCCAAUCUGGGAGGAGAACUUUAACUUUGAAUGUCAUAAUUCAUCUGACCGAAUAAAAGUUCGAGUAUGGGAUGAAGAUGAUGAUAUCAAAUCACGGGUAAAACAAAGGUUUAAGAGAGAAUCUGAUGAUUUUUUGGGACAGACCAUCAUUGAAGUUCGAACACUAAGUGGUGAAAUGGAUGUGUGGUAUAACUUGGAUAAACGGACUGACAAAUCUGCAGUAUCUGGUGCCAUCCGGUUACAUAUUAGUGUGGAGAUAAAAGGAGAAGAGAAAGUAGCCCCCUACCAUGUUCAGUAUACAUGUCUGCAUGAGAAUCUAUUUCAUUUCCUGACGGAUAUACAAAACAAUGGAGUUGUGAAAAUCCCAGAUGCCAAAGGAGAUGAUGCUUGGAAAGUUUAUUUUGAUGAAACCGCACAAGAGAUUGUCGAUGAAUUUGCAAUGCGAUUUGGUGUAGAAUCCAUUUAUCAGGCUAUGACACAUUUUGCCUGCCUGUCUUCAAAGUAUAUGUGCCCAGGUGUACCCGCAGUAAUGAGCACUCUUUUGGCAAAUAUUAAUGCGUACUAUGCACAUACCACCGCCUCUACCAAUGUUUCCGCCUCUGAUCGAUUUUCAGCCUCCAAUUUUGGGAAAGAGAGGUUUGUAAAGCUCUUGGAUCAACUGCAUAAUUCCCUUCGCAUUGAUCUAUCAAUGUAUAGGAAUAACUUUCCAGCAAGCAGUCCUGAAAGGUUGCAAGAUUUGAAGUCAACUGUUGAUCUCCUAACAAGUAUAACCUUCUUCCGAAUGAAGGUCCAGGAGUUGCAGAGUCCACCAAGGGCCAGUCAGGUUGUGAAAGAUUGUGUGAAAGCCUGCUUGAAUUCCACUUAUGAAUACAUCUUCAACAACUGCCAUGAAUUGUACAGCCGAGAAUACCAGACUGAUCCAAAUAAAAAGGCUGAGAUUCCCCCAGAAGAACAAGGACCUAGCAUCAGGAAUUUGGAUUUUUGGUCCAAACUCAUCACACUCAUUGUUUCUAUCAUAGAAGAGGACAAGAAUUCAUACACACACUGCCUCAAUCAGUUUCCACAGGAACUGAAUGUGGGAAAGAUAAGUGCAGAAGUGAUGUGGAACCUUUUUGCCCAGGACAUGAAGUAUGCAAUGGAAGAACAUGAAAAACAUAGACUUUGCAAAAGUGCAGAUUACAUGAAUUUACACUUCAAGGUCAAGUGGUUGUAUAAUGAAUAUGUAAAAGAUCUUCCAGCUUUCAAGAAUUCAGUCCCAGAGUACCCAGCCUGGUUUGAACCAUUUGUUAUACAGUGGUUGGAUGAGAAUGAAGAGGUGUCGAGAGACUUCCUACACGGAGCUCUAGAACGAGACAAGAAGGAUGGCUUCCAGCAAACAUCAGAACAUGCCCUCUUCUCUUGUUCUGUGGUCGAUGUCUUCUCACAACUGAACCAGAGUUUUGAAAUCAUUAAGAAGCUGGAAUGCCCUGAUCCUCAAAUAGUGGGACAUUAUAUGAGAAGAUUUGCCAAGACGAUCAGCAAUGUAUUACUGCAGUAUGCUGAGAUAAUAGCUAAGGAUUAUGCUUCAUACUGUUCAAAGGAGAAAGUGCCAUGUAUCCUGAUGAACAACAUUCAGCAGCUACGAGUGCAAUUGGAGAAGAUGUUUGAAGCCAUGGGAGGAAAAGAUCUGAAUGCAGAAGCAAGUGACAUUCUAAAAGAGCUGCAGAUAAAACUCAAUAAUGUGCUGGAUGAUCUCAGCAGAGUAUUUGCAUUAAGUUUUCAGCCUCAUAUUGAGGAAUGUGUGAAGCAGAUGGGAGAUAUUCUCAGCCAAGUGAAAGGAACUGGGAAUGUCCCCGCCAGCACUUGCAACAGCGUAGCCCAGGAUGCUGACAACGUUCUCCAGCCACUCAUGGACCUACUAGAUAGCAAUUUGACCCUGUUUGCAAAGAUCUGUGAAAAAACGGUGCUGAAGCGUGUUCUGAAAGAAUUGUGGAAGAUUGUCAUGAACACGAUGGAGAAAACUAUUGUCCUGCCACCUUUAACUGAUCAAACGGGCACACAACUUAUUUUCAAUGCUGCAAAAGAGCUCGGGCAACUUUCAAAGCUGAAGGAUCACAUGGUCAGAGAAGAAGCCAAAAGUCUUUCUCCCAAGCAGUGUGCUGUAGUGGAGCUCGCACUUGAUACUAUUAAGCAAUAUUUCCAUGCGGGUGGAGUUGGCCUAAAGAAGACCUUUUUAGAAAAGAGCCCUGAUCUGCAGUCUCUACGGUAUGCUCUGUCGCUGUACACACAGGCUACUGAUACCCUUAUUAAAACAUUUAUCCAGUCUCAGUCAUCUCAGGUGCAUGGUGGGAAGGGUAUUAGGUUUACCCAUAGCGAGGAGGUUUAUCCUGAAAAGGGAUCUGGUGUGGAUGAUCCAGUGGGAGAAGUAUCUGUCCACGUUGAGCUUUUUACACACCCAGGAACAGGAGAACACAAAAUCACAGUUAAAGUUGUGGCAGCCAAUGACCUCAAGUGGCAGACAACUGGAAUCUUCCGUCCAUUUGUUGAAGUGAAUAUGAUUGGCCCUCACCUUAGUGACAAGAAAAGGAGGUUUGCCACCAAAUCCAAAAACAACAGCUGGGCUCCAAAGUUUAAUGAAACCUUUCAAUUCACGUUAAGCUCUGAAGAUGGCCCAGAAUGCUACGAAGUCCAGAUUUGUGUGAAAGAUUACUGUUUUGCCCGAGAAGAUCGGAGUGUUGGCAUCGCUGUAAUGCAGCUGCGAGAUAUUGCACAGAAGGGAAGCUGUGCAUGCUGGUUACCUCUUGGCCGCAGGAUUCACAUGGAUGAGACAGGAUUAACCAUCCUCAGGAUACUCUCACAAAGAAACAACGAUGAGGUGGCAAAGGAAUUUGUAAAAUUGAAAUCUGAUAUACGGUCUGCUGAAGAGGGCAGUUGAAAAAGGUGGCCAAAAUCAAAACAUAGAUCAGAAUUUAAAACUUUAAUGUCUUAAGCUCUUUGGAGCUUCAGUUUUCUCGAUUAAAUGAAGCUACAUGCCCCAAGUAAGCAAAAAAAAAACAGAAACAGGAGGCCCAAUUUCAGUUUUGGUAUGUGCAUGUCUCUGAGGGUUCAUUUAUUUCCUUUGCCAAUGUGGACAAUUAAUUUUACUUUUUGUUCAUGAGAGGCAGCACCCAGCCCCUUAACAAUCUGAGUAUUCAUAUGGAAUAACAACUGGAUUAACUUUUAUCUUAAGGUUAACGUCACUUGUGUAAAUCCCGCAUGACUCCACUGAGCCCGUAUACAAUGAGCACUGUGAUCCUGUCCUUGUGGAGAGACCUACAGCUGAAAGAACUUGUAUACCUCUCGUGAAAAGCCUCAGUUAACCUUUCUCUUCAACACCAAACUGCCAAAGUGUCUUUCUAUUCACUGGUGUAACCAAUUUCUAACACAUUCCACAGUAUUUCCUGAACAGAUCGUUAAUCUGAGCUGUAUUCACAAACAGGCUCAGUAUUUUACAGACCAUUUGGGAUUAGACACAAGUUUUUACAUUUAAUUAAUUGCAUUGCAAAAAAGCGUAAAACUAAAAGCUAAUUACUUUAUUGUAGGCCACCAACAGUAGCUCACCGGAGUCCUUUGUCCUGGGUCAGUCUCUAGGUGUAGUUCAUCUUCGUGGGAUAUUCUUCCUCUCCCAGGGAUGAGGUCUUUGGAACCUCUGUUGGCAUUGCUGUAGCUCUGGGUUUUUACAGGAUGCGGUUGCUAGCCCUACACCGAAUCCUCUUCCUUUCACAGUGGGGUUGGGACUGUCCAGGGCAGAGUUUGAAAGCUCAUCUAUGCCUAUUUAUUCUUAAAUCUGUUGUGGGAAACAGCCAUCUAGACUUGUGGUUUCAUGCACUGUUUAUCUGAAAACUUAGUAUAAUCAGCACUAUUAGCUUUUUGGAAUUUUAGCCACAGUUGAAAUUAUUUUACAUAAAUUAAUCCACCUUGUACGUAUGGUCUUCCUUCACCAUUUGUCUUUAAACUUCAACUUUAUUUCAGUAAGCCUAUUGCUAUCUAUUUAUCCUAAGCUUUGACAAAGCUGAUGUUUUCAUCUAAACAUAAAUUUGAGGAAUACACACAAAAUACUAGAGGAACUCAGCAGGUCAGGCCUCAUCUAUGGGGAGGAAUAAAAAUCCAACGUUUUGGGCUGAGACCCUUCGUCUGUCCUGACCAACUGAGCUCCUCCAACAUUUUGUGUGUGCAUUGUUACUCUGCAUUUUCAGCAUCUGCAGAAUGUGUUGUGUUUAUAAAUAAGAGGAUAUUUCAGUUAUUGUAAAUAUUUAUAUAUAUAUAUCUCUUUACGUGUGUGUGUGUAUAUAUCUAUAUAUAUAUAUAUAUACACAUACAUACAUACACACACACUCUCUCUCUCUCUCUAAAGAUAUAAAUAGGGUAAGAAUAUAAGAACCUUUUGAGAUUUAUAUAUGUGGGUAUUGAAUUCUACAGUUUAGGGGUGUAGUCCAGAAAAGCUGAUCUGCCAAUUAUCUUUUGAAGAAGGUUGUUUAAAUUUAAUUGGAAGACUACUUGAGAUCUCGAGCAGAAUUAUAUAACAAAAACAAUUCUGUGAAGUAGUCCCUUCUCAGACCAUUAAGAGCUUUAAAGUAAGAGAACUGUAAAAUUAAUUCUAAAAGAUACAUGAAGCCAAUGCAGAGUAGUGAUAUGUUCUCUCAUCCUGGUUUUGGUUAAAAGUCUAGCACCAGCAUUAUGAAAUGUUGAGAUUCAGAAUCAUGCUAAACAAUGUGUGCAGAAGGGAAUAGUCCUUCAUAUCCUCUCCUCCCCACUCUCCCCCAAAAUAGUCCCUGCCCCACACCAAGUGCUACUUGGAUUUCAUAAAGGUUCAAUUUAAUGUCAGAGAAAUGUAUACAAUAUAAAUCCUGAAAUGCUUUUUCUUCUAAAGUCACUACCUCUUUAAGUAAACAUUUAAUAAACUCUACGUCCUUACAGAUCUUGUACAUUUUUGAAAUUUCAACUUUUAGCCAGGAUUUUGCCAACAUUCCCACAAACUGGUACCAGGUUUGGAGAAGAGGGAAGUCUCAGUUUUCCUUGACCAACCUUUCACUGAAGGGGUAUCUAUGGAGGGAAAUAAACAGUCAACAUUUCAGGCCGAGACCUGAAACAUCAAGUGUGUUUAUUCAUUUCCAUAGAUGCUGCCUGGCCUGCUGAGUUCGCCCAGCAUUUUGUGUGUUGCUCUAGAUUUUUGGAAUCUCAUUUGUGAUCUUUCACUGAACUGUGUAUGGUGGAGCAGCAGCUAGCUGGAAAUACCACACCACUUAUGCUGUGACACCUGCUCUGCAAUUCUCUGCCAGAUUAGAUCUGACACAGAAUCAGCAAGUUUACCCUAUUUUACAGAGAUUUCAUAGCUACCUGGAAUUCUAAUGGAAAACUGUAUUUCUUAUUUGCUUGCAAUAAAAUUUAAAUCAUUAGAAAGGACUUCUAAGUUAAAACUAACAUUAAGUUUUCAAUUGCUUCUGCACAUCAGAAAUGUUCAGUAACAUUGAAGAUUGAUGUGACAAAACUGGGUACAGUCUGUGUCUGUCAGUUUAUCCAUUACCUCUUCCCCAAGACUCCUCUUGGUUCAAGCACAGGACCACUGCCCCAGUAUCUUAUUUCACACACCCACCACUCUGUAUAAAAACCUACCUGACAUUCCCCCUUGUACUUCCCUCCCACCACCUUAAAAUUAUGCCCCCUUGUAUUAGCCAUUUCCACACAGGGAAAAAGAUCUCAUGCCUCUUAUCUUGUACUCCUCUAUCAAGUUACCUCUCAUCCUCCUUCACUUCAGAGAGCAGUCCUAGCUCACUCAACCUAUCCUAAGUUAGAGGAAUGUGGGAAACAAGGCCCUAGUGACCCAAGUGCUGACAUGGGCAAGUUUUACUAUAAUGCUUUUAGCAGAUGUUUUCAUGUAACAAAAAAAAGUCCAACAUACUCACAUCAGGAAAACUAUCUUUCCAUUUAGUCCUCCUGCUAAAACAUAUUUGGAGUUUUUUUAAAGUUCUAUAUUUAACAAACACAGCCGAUUCCAUCCCCACCUUUCAACUGUAAAUGGCAAGUACUUUCUACAAGGUCCUUUAGCUCAUCACAUCUGAACCAACCACGACACCAAGCUAGACUAAUCCCAUCCGCCUGCACAUGGUCUAUAUCCCUCCAUUCCCUGUCUAACUGCCUCAACUAUUCAAAUUGCAUGUGCUUCCACCAUUUUCCUGGCAGCACAUUCCAGGCACCUACCCCAUGUAGAAAAUUAAAACUUUAUAAAUCUCAAACUUCUCCCUUCUAACCUUAAAGCUAUGCCCUCUGGUACUUGACGUUUCUACUCUGGGAAAGAAAUGUGUUAUAGUCCCAUAGGCUUUAAAAUUUAAAGUAAAUGUAUUACUGAAGUCUAUAUGUUACCAUUUGCUACCUUGAGAUUCAUUUUCUUGCAGGCAAUUACUGGGAAAAUGAGUACAAAAACAAGCUAUAUACAUAAACAAAGACAGACAAACUGUGUGCAAAUAAUAAACAACACAGGAACAUUGCUCCCUGGUGAAACCUGGCACAUAUUCCAUGUGUAACUUCCAGUGCAAGUCACCUUGGAAAACGGUUGGGUUUCCUCAGAAAAUCCCAGGUGAAUAUCUGGAAAUAACUAGAAUGAUAAGUCAACAUUGAUCACCUAUUCAGGACUAAAAUACCAGCAAGUCUGAACAUAUUAAACAUCUCCAAACUAAAUCAUAAGCCCAUGAAGAGGCAAGAGAAAAAACUUAACUUUUAAAAUUAAGACUACACUCAAAUAUUUAAUGUUGGAAGCAAUCUUAAGGCAAAGCACAAUCUAAAAUAGGCCGGACGUGAAAGUGCACUUCAGACAUCAUGUAUUAUCCAUAAUGUUUUUUAAAAAAUAACCUGUAGACUUUCAAUUCUCCUGGUAGUUUUCGAUAUGGUUUCAUUUUUUUAAAAUAUAUUUUAAAAACUACACACCCACUUGUAAACAAUUAUUCUUGGCUUUUGCAUGAUCACAGAAAAAAAUGGCAGCACUUAUUACUCACUUGAUGUCAUCUUACUUUUGACAAACAAUUCCCAUUCAUUAUACAGGCAAACAGGUCUUCUCUAGUCUAUGGUUGGUCAGGGAAAAAAAUAGAACAAUAAUUUAUAGGUAAUAGAUAAAGUUAGCAUUUCAUAGGAGCAGAAUUAAUUAACUCAGUUUUGAAGAUAAGUUCAUCUUUUGUCUGGAUGAUAGAAAACAAUUUCUCCUGUAGUUCUGGAGUAUUUUUUUUAAAAACUUCUGUCUAAUCCUGGGGGGAGGGACUCAAACUAAAUUUUGCAUUGGGUUCAAAGGCACAUUGCAGUGCCAACUGUGGCAUCCCCACAUGUUCAAUGGGUGACACUUGUUUUGCUGCCUUAUAUGCUCAGUUAAUGUAAGAAUUGUUUCCUUUUGAAGAAGUGCAUGUCAGUAAAACUCAAUGAAGGAUGUGGCACCUUAUGGCUGAAUAAAUUAUUUUGUUGAAGACUUGUUGGAAAAAUAGCAUGAAACAAUUGUUUGUUUUAAAACAUCAUUUAUCAGAAUGGUGUUUCUGACAAGUUUUUCAGGACCCAGCGUUGCUGAAAAUACUUUCCAAAUAUUGAACAGCACAUCACAAUGAAAUAUACAAAUUCACUGCAAUACAACUAUUGUUCGGAGAUAAAUCACGUGGCAUGAUUUGCACUAGUACUACAUUCAAGUUCCUAUUCCAAACAAGUCUUCACACAUUGCAGAUUUUUUAAAUAUAGUUUGUUUUUUUUAAAGACUAUUCAAAUAUUUGUUAAUUGGUUAGCAGCUAAGGAACUUGUGCCAUUCACCCGAGCAAGUUUGGCAUCCUCUUAGAAUAAACUUUUAACCCAAUUUCUCUUAAUAUUAACUUGUCUGAAUUCUUUGCAUUAAUCCACUUAUAUACUUUUUGUAAUAUCUUCAAUUUAAACAGAAUCUGAAAUGGAUAGUCUAUAACUGCAGGACAAAGUCAUCAAUGUCACAUCUCAGUUUCCUCAAAGUUAACUAUAUUAU